AUGGAAUCGCUCGUGUUUGAGAAUUCACCUUUGGCCGACUACUUGGAAGGAGAGGGUGGAAACGCGGAGAGUUGGCCCGUGGAGGAGAACCAAAGCGACGAUGAUCAUACCCAUUCUUUCAACUUUGCCCCCCGAGGGGCUUCAAGAUUCCAGGAUCGCGUUCGAAACAGGCUCCCGAAACCACUCGACCUUCAAGGCACACCGCAGGGCCAGGUUAUCACCAAACUCUACGACGCAUGCUCAUCAGCCUUGAAUGUCCGAUUAGCACGAAGUGACAAUAAACGAUUCUUGGAACAAUUUGGUUACGUCAUUGUCGCGUCACAACUCUUGAACGAACAUAGCGCCCCUUCCUACACUUCCGCCGCCGACGUCCUUUCCGCAAAACAACCCUCAGCUCUACCAUCCCUAUCCACAACUUUUGGAAUACAAGGUGCCAUUGUCACAGCCUUGACCUCAUUUUCGAUUGCUUGGUUGUUACAUUGGAGCAGGCCGAGGACAGGGUCAGGAGUCAGCCCUAAGAAAGCUGGCGUGCUCUUGGUCCUUGUGCCGGCCGUUGGCGUCGUGUUUUAUGCUUUUGCGAAACGACAAUGGUUGAAAUACCUCCGACACCAGGCUGUUGAGGCAGCCGGCACUUUCAUUGGGAACGCACAAGGCUUUGAUUCCGCUGCGUCAGCAUCCGUGGUCUUCAUUCAGGAGGUUGAACUGGUUUCACGAGGCUAUCGGAUAAGCACCCCUUUACCACCUAUCAGCCGGUUAGAGGAUAUAGUACAAACACGAAGAUGCUUGAGGUUGCGUCGCACGGUCUCAGAGUGUUUUCACUCCAUGCUUGAGCGAUAUGUUCAAUCCCAGAACAUCUUACGUCCCCUUACGGAUGACAGCGACCUUGCAAAAUAUUACGACAUUUAUGACAUUGGACUAGAAGAACUCGAGGUAAUCGAGGCGUCCCUGUCGCAGCGCACCAAUGAGGACCAGUACUCAUUGCGCGCCCUGCGGGAUCUUUUCGGCAAAUUGUACAGUGUGAGAAAAAGUGUUCUGUGCUGCCUGUUGGCUCUUAGCGCCGACGGUGGCGGCUCCGAUAUUGGUAGAUGGAGUUCUGCUGUCGAGGAAAUGCGUGAGCUUGCUGCAGUGACUGGCACCAGCAUGCUUAAGAUGACAGCAAUCUUGAAUGAAGAGGAUCAUGAUAAUAUUCCUCCAUCCCCAUUGCCUUCUGCCUCACCAAGCAAGGAUCACCUACGGGCUCAAUUUCGGCGACUUACCUCUUUAUCACAAGGAGUCCGUGCCUUGCAUGCGAAAAUGCAUAUUGUCAGCGAGGAGUCACAUGCAAAUCUGGAACGUGCAGACCCGGACGAAUUCGAAGCUACUCUCCUUACACAAUAUGACUCUGUAGGCAAUGACCUCAGGGGUCUUCUCCAGGAGUGGGAAACCGGUAAAGCUGCAUUAGCCAGUCAACAAGAUCGCCUCAGUGUUGGGGAUCGCUCGCGACCGCCAAGCUCUUUCUUGCUGCCCAUGUCUCCUACCCCUAGCUUGGGAGGCUCCACUGCAGUCGAGGGCAGCCCCACUGACGCACUCAUGGCCUUGAAUGGUGAGGGUCGACCGGAUCUGACCCAUAUUUACGACGACGAGGAAAUCUUCGAAGCAGUCGUGCUCCCGGCAUCAAGAAACAAGAGAAUGUCCUUGACAAGGGAUGAGCGUCUUGCACGGGUGCGUGAAGACCGUGCCAGACAGGCGACUGCCCGCGAAAAGGCAGAUGCCAGCACAAACAUGCUUAAGGAGCUGGAAAUGGUCAUCAAACAGCGACCAGGAAAUAACUCCGCAAAACGAGUUACCAGCAUCUAA